AUCCCAGUGAGUGUUUUAGCUACAAGCCCAUCCUUCCCACAUUAAAGACACUGCUGACUGAGGCCUGUCAAGCUCAUCCCAGCAGUGACCCGAUACAGCAGCAGCAAUUGCUCCCACGCCUUUCACUGAAUUAACCUGAUUUCAGUUUUAAAAGGCAGAGAUUUGGCUAUUGGCCUCCCCCCCAAGGCCUGACACCCAUUGGGCCAUUUCCCUGGACAGGUUAAUUUGGCUGUUCAUGGGGUUCAGAGACACUCAAACCCAUCCCUGAGCCCCAGGCGAGAGGAGAGUGUGCGGGGAGACCCUGCUGGCUGAUCUGGGCGGGCGGCUGCACUCCUGGUCCAGCCUUCAGCCAGAGGAUGCACAGAGGGGAAGGGGUCAUGAACAGAGAAGAGGGCGAGGACGCAUAGAACUGACACUGCUCGGGCUCCCCAAGGUCUCGCUCCAGAGCCCCACAGAGAAGGAAGGGCAGCUGUUUAAUAAUAAUUGUAUCACCGUAGCACUUGCAAACCCGGGUUAAGGGGGAAAACAAGACAAAAGCAGUGGAGUGGUGGAGUGGAGAACAAGGGAAUGGGGACAGGAGGGGAAUUAAUAAAACAGGCCAGGAAGAAGGAAGACAGAAGAAGAAGCCACUGUGUUAAGCGCUGUACAGAGAAGACCGUCCCCUCCCCAGAGAGCUGCCUUGGGCUACAGGAAUCUCAGUUUCCCCUCCAGCCCGCGACAAAUCUGCCGCAAAAGCGGGGCUGUGGCUGGAGAGCCCUGGGUUUGGCACCGGUUUUAUUUCGUUUCCUCCCCUGUAUUUUAGGAAAACCAGAUGGAUUUCUGCUGGGACCCUGUGCAGAAAUGUUUCAAGACAUCCAGUGGGAUCCUCUCCAAUUCCAAAUCCGGCUCCAGCGGCUACAACGUCACGGCCCUGGCGACCUCCUCUCUGGGUUAGUCCAGACCGUAAAGGACCACAUCACCAAGCCCACCGCCAUGGCUCGCGGCCGGGUGGCCCACCUCAUCGAGUGGAAAGGCUGGAGCGCCCCCCAGGUGGGCUGCGAGCCAUGGCUGACGGAGGAAGAGCAGUAUUCCUACCUCACGGACGAGCUGAGGGAGGCACGCUUUGCAGCAGGGGUCGCUGAACAAUUUGCCAUCACCGAGGCCACCCUGAGCGCCUGGUCCUCACUAGACGAUGAGGAAAUGAAUUACGGGGGCAGCUCCCAGGAGAUUGUACAGCUUCAAGACCUGGAGAGCAUCUACCUGCAGGAGAAGCUGCUGCUGAGUCCCCAGGUGAUAAGUAGCCCCAACCUGGAAGGCAGCCUGCCCACCUGCUCCUCCUCCACACACACCUCCCCAAUACCCUGGGGGCACUCCGGAGUGGACAGGUGGAAUUCUACCCACCCCUUCCCCGGGGCUCUCCCCUGCGGCUCCCCCCAGACCGGGAGCUCCGAGGCAGACAGCUCGGAGAAGGAGCAGGCCUGCGUGGGGAGAGGGCAGGAGGGCAUGACCAGCGUCCGCCAGAAGCGGCUCAGCAACUCCCUGCACGAUGUGGACAGCAGCUCCCUCUCGGAGGACGAAGUGUUUUAUAACUAG